AUGCAUCCCGUCCGGCCUCGUCUGCCGGCGCUGGCUCCGCGGCUGCCAGGCAACUCGCCGCCGGUGGUUGAGCGGCCCAGCGUCAAGGAACAUACGGAACAGGAGUGGUUAGCGCAGAAGGACCUUAUUGAGAAGCUAUACAUAGGAGACAACCGCAAAUUGAAUGAGAUCAUGGCCUUAAUGGAGUCUAAAUAUGGAUUUGCCGCAACCGAGCAAAUGUACAAGAAGAGAUUCAAGAAGUGGAAUAUCAGGAAAAGAGCAUAUCGCAAAUCGCCCGGGGAAGCCACUCUCCCUUCUCCCUCAUCUACAAACUCUUCUACCGAUUUGAAGCAUGAUGACGAUGUCGAGGAGAUACCAAGGACAACGAGUCCUAUGGUUACAGGCCUGGACUUGGUCCCGAAUCCUUCGUUCAAACCACUCGCAGACCUGGAGCUUAUCCUAAACGGCGUUCUAUCUUGGAGCUCAGGGAAACUGGAGACUUAUCGCAUAGCGUCCGAUCCCAUGUCGCAGUAUCUUGCCACCCCCAACCAGCCACCUAUACAAGAUAGUCGCACUAUGUACCGGACGUUUGAACUGGUCUUUGACUUGUGGUCUUACGGCAAGGGCGAUCUAGCGGGCAUGGCGGCUAGGAAGGGCUUCUAUGUCUUGGAAUUUGUUCUGACCGAGGACCAUCCCGACCUUCUUUGGCAUAUUCUUGACACAAUAUACGACAUGAUCGACCGAGGACAUUUACAGCUUCUUGGAAUGUUCAUCAGACACGCGCUUGUGCUGUCAAAGCAGCGCUUUCCCGCAAAUCAUCCCCUUAUCCGCAUCCUUCAACAACUCCUAGCUUGCGACUAUCAAACUGAAGACGGCCGCCAGUUCAUCUGCUACCUGUUACGGCAAGCUUGGCUACGAAAUGUCGAUCUCCUGGCAGAGUACAUUAAAUCGUCAGCGCCUCAAGAGUUUUGGCUGUAUGAGCAGUUGAUUUGGGAUGGCCGGACAAAGCUUCGUCGGAAUAAUGGGCUGGCCAACAGACGUGAGGUUAUGUAUGAGGCCCUUGAGAACUUGGGACACCAUGAGGAGCCUAUACCAAGUGAUGAUAACGUGGAAAAAUUAAGAGUUGAUGCACUCAUGCUAGAAUUCACUCAGAUGGAUCUAGAUGACAAGGAGAAGGCAGAGCAGAUGGCGCUGGAUCUGCUCGACAUAACGCAGUAUGAAACAGGGGCACUUUCGAACGCCAGAUUUCAUGCGUAUGCCCGCAAGAUGCUGGCUAGACUCUGCGAAAGCAGAGAGGCCUGGGACCAGGUCGAACAGAACUUGAAAUAUGCCAUUCACAUGAGAGAAGCUGCGCAUGGAACGACCACCAAUUUGCGGGUUAUCCGGGACAUGUGGGUGCUCGCGGCUUACUACAACAAAGUCGGCAAGAUAGACGAUGCUCUGCGAGUCGCACAAGAUGCCAUCACCAGGGCGCAACAGUAUUUACACGAUAUUCCAGGCUGA